GUUUCGCUUUCCUUUCUCGGUCUCAGUGAGGUAGAAACAGAGGCAGGGCAUGAUAUAUAAAAGCCAUGGCACUGAAGUGACUGCAUCCACACGAGCAGACUUGUGUGAGACUUCAUCAUGUUGUUUUACUGGGGAGAAACUGUAAAACCGGACGGAUUUGGUUUAGUGAACGCUGACAGUGUGAAAUUCACGGACACUGGCAUCGGAUCCCUUUCUCCCAGAUCCAGGAUCGGAGAUGUGUCUUUGGGGAAGAGUCUUUUAGGAUUUAUCCGCGGGGAAGGAAACGCGUCUGUCAUGAGACUGAGCAUCAGGGAACAUGGCACGACUGGAAAGCUGAAAGCGUUAGACCUGAAGAAAGAGAAAAUCAAACUGAUCAGCUGUGGUAAAACUUACGCUGUCCUUCUGGCAUAUGGAGGCAGAGUACUUUCUCUCGAGGAAUCUUAUAUUUCCAGGCCCAUCAAGGAGCUCUCUAAUAAAACUGUAAUUCAGGUUGCAUGUGGGGAUCAUCACUUCAUGGCACUGUCAAACGAUGGUCAGUUGUUCACAUGGGGUCAGAACUCGAGCGGUCAGCUAGGUUUGGGGAAGGAUAAGCCGAGCUCUCAGUCUCCCGAGCUCCUCAGAUCUCUGGAUGGGAUCCCACUGGCUCAGAUUAGCGCUGGAGGAGACCACAGCUUCGUCCUGUCUAUCUCUGGAGCCGUUUUCAGCUGGGGCAGGAACAGCGCUGGACAGCUUGGUCUGGGAGACACCAAUAACAGACAUGUCCCUGUUUGUGUGAAGAGCUUGAACCAGAAGAAGACAGUGUUCAUCUCAUGUGGAGAGGAUCAUACUGCUGUUCUAACAAAGGGUGGACUUGUAUUGACAGUUGGAUCAGGACAGUAUGGACAGCUUGGACAUAACUCACUCAGAGAUGAACAUCAGCCUCGUGUAGUUGCUGAAUUAUGGGGGUCCAAAGUGUCCCAAAUAGCCUGUGGAGGGCAUCACACUCUGGCCCUGGUUGAAUCCUCAAACACCAUCUACUCCUUUGGACGUGGAGAUCAAGGACAGCUAGGAAAUGGACAGAGAUCCAAUCAGUGUGUGCCACUUCCUGUCCAGCUGCCACCAGAAUAUAGCUCUGAUCAGAUAAAAAUUACUGCUGGAGGGAAUCUUUCUGCCCUCUUUAUCUCUAACAUGGAUGCUGGUCAAGCAAGUGCAAAUCUGAAAUCAUGCAAUGGCCCAACAGUGCUGGACGAUGAAACUGUUGACCGCUGGAUUUCAGACUGUAACCCAAAAGUAUGGGGGAAAAAAAUCCAAAGGAAAAUCAGGAAAAUGUUCUCAUCAGCAUCAUGCAUCAACGGUAGUUUCAUUGACAAAAGCAGCGACAAACAUUACAAAACAUCAGUAGAGAUGUCUGGCCUGGAUUUAUCAUUGCCUCGUCUUGCUUUUGAGAAGAUGGCCAAAAAGGACAAAGUUCUAUCAACGGUUGAGACUACUGUAGAGAAUGAUCUUCUGCCCUCUUUAGGCUCAACUGCUGCUGGUGUGGAGGCUCUGAGGGUUUAUCUCAUCCUGCCUGAACUUCUCAGAGUGCUGAAAAAACAAGGACGUGGCACACAGCUCACAGUCUCUCUGGCGUCUGCCAUCUUAGAACUGGAUCCUGAGUCAAUGGAUGUCUUGAGCAGCCUGUGGACCAACCUGCCCUACUACUACUACAGAACUCUGGUGAAGAUGUUUCACUCGGUGUGCGCUCACUUCCUGUCACGGAUGACGACUACAAUAUGUGACCACUGGACUGAAGUAGAGCCUGUGCUGAAGGUUCUGCAGAAGCUUUGCAAUAUUAAUAGUCAGAGAGCUGUCCGGUUGACUGAGGGUUACUUCCUUAUCAAGGACAAGAAUAAUUUUUUUGACAUGCUACAAAUGAUCAAAAACGUUAGGAAAAGUGUGAAAAGCCUUGCCAGUUAUCCUUUUAUCCUUGACAUCACAUGUAAAUGCAACUUGUUCAUUAUUUUACAGAAGCAACAGAUAAAACCUUCGCAGUUUUCUUACUGUGGAAGUACACUGUGUGUGAACAGAGAAACGGUGUUGGAUGACACUAUUGUGUACCUGAAAACAAACAAACAUAAUUAUUCUUCCCCUUUAAAGGUGAAAUUUGCUCUAGAGGCUGGAAUCGAUGGCGGGACUUUGAGUGCUGAAUUCUUCACCCUGCUCGGAAAGAAAAUAGCAAAAGACUCCAGUGUAAUUCAAGCGUCCGAGGACUCAGGCCUCUUCUGGUUCUCUGCUGAUGAUUCAAGUUCCAGUCAGGAGGAAUUGUUCUACAUUGGUGUCAUCUGUGGAAUGGCCUUUUAUAAUCACAAUUUUAUGUACAUCAGCUUCCCGGUGGCACUGUUUAAGAAGCUUCUGAGCAUCAGACCGACUUUCAGGGACCUGGAGGAGCUGUCACCAGUGGAGGCCAGAAGUCUAAAAAACUUCCUGGCAGAAGAUGAGGAUGUGGUGGAGCAAAUGUAUUUGGAUUUCACAUUGAAAGGAAAAGAGCUCAUUCCAAAUGGAGCAAACAUCCCAGUCACAAAAGCUAACAGGCAAAAAUACGUGGACUUGUACGUCGACUUUGUUUUUAACAAGUCUGUGGAGAAUCAGUUUAGACAGUUUAAUGAAGGUUUUUCCCGUGGAAACCCCUUUAAUUUAUGGAAAAUAUUCAAGCCUGAAGAGCUCAGAGACUUACUCUACGGCAUGGCUGAAUACGAGUGGAAGGAGCUCCAAAAAGUUGUGACAUAUGAAUGGUGUGAUCCUUCAGAUGAACUCAUCCAGAACUUCUGGUCUGUUUUCUUCGAGCUGGAUGAAGAACACCGGAAGAAGUUUCUGACUUUCAGCUAUGGGACAGAUCGCUUGCCUGUAGGAGGACUCUCUAAACUGCGGUUAAAAAUAGUGAGACGGUACUAUGUUGAUGCAGAUGAACGCUUCCCCUCGGCCCAGACCUGUUACGGAAUUUUGCAUCUUCCGAACUACAGUAACAUCCAAACACUUCGAGACAAACUCGUCCACGCCAUCACUUAUUGUGAAGUCUUUGGACAACAAUAAGAACUGUGUGUUCAGUAAACCUUCAUAGUUCAAGUUUGCUGCUUGUAGUCACACUGCGUUGUGUCUAUUGUGAUGUACUUGAUGUUGUAAAGGCUUUUGGCUGCAUGAACUACAUUACCCAUCAGCCCCAGAAUAACACACAUUCAUGUCACAUGUCCUAUUAACUUACACUUGUUCUGUGUUACACCUAAUAAACUCUCCUAUUUAAAUUAAGGUUUCUAUGAUAUCUAUUUGAUAAGGUUUUCUUGUUGCUGCUCCUACCCUGUGAUGAUUGUCAUAUAUGUGCCAUAGCCUCAUCCAUAGUGUUUUUUCCCUUUACCUUAUAUCUAUAGUUGUGUCCAGGUUCUUGAGUUUUACCUUUUUUGGUUGUUUUGAAUGUUAUUAAAUAAAAUCAAACUUGGUCUUCGUUUUGUGAAAUAUUUUUUGCUUAGCUUCUGCUUCUGGGUCCAAGUUGUAUAGUAUGUAAAAUGUGUGUAUAGUGU